AUGGCGCAAUUCGAUACUCUGGACAUCGUGGUCCUCUCUGUGAUCUUUUUGGCCACUGUUGCCUGGUUCACAAAGGGCAAAUACUGGGGCAUAACAAAAGAUCCAUAUGCAACAUCAUAUGCCGCUGCAAAUGGCAACAAGCCAGCGAAGACGCGGAAUAUUGUGGAGAAGAUGGAGGAGUCGAACAAAAACUGUGUAGUCUUCUACGGUUCACAGACCGGGACGGCUGAGGAUUACGCCUCGAGGUUAGCAAAGGAGGGCAAGAGUAGAUUCGGCUUGGAGACGAUGGUGGCAGACUUGGAAGAUUACGACUACGAAAAUCUGGACACCCUCCCCGAAGACAAGAUUGCCAUGUUCGUUCUGGCGACUUAUGGCGAGGGAGAGCCUACCGAUAACGCUGUUGACUUCUACGAGUUUAUCACUGGCGAGGAUGUGGCUUUCUCCGAAGCCGUAGACCCGCCACUGGAGAAGCUUAAGUUUGUGGCUUUCGGCCUGGGAAACAACACUUACGAACACUACAAUUCCAUGGUCCGAAAUGUUACCAAAGCUUUGGAGAAGCUCGGUGCUACAAGAAUUGGUGAGGCAGGAGAGGGUGACGAUGGAGCCGGCACGAUGGAAGAAGACUUCUUGGCAUGGAAGGACCCCAUGUGGACUGCUUUGGCAGAAAAGAUGAGCCUCGAGGAACGAGAGGCAGUCUAUGAGCCAGUCUUUGCCAUUACAGAAAGAGAAGGUCUGACAAAGGAGUCCCCAGAGGUUUAUCUUGGAGAGCCCAACAAGAUGCACCUGGAAGGCAGUGCCAAGGGUCCCUUCAAUGCCCACAACCCAUACAUUGCUCCGAUUGCAGAGUCCCGAGAGAUUUUCACUGUCAAGGGCCGGAACUGUCUGCACAUGGAAAUCGAUAUCAGUGGUUCCAACCUCAGCUACCAAACAGGCGAUCACAUUGCGGUUUGGCCAACAAAUGCUGGAAAGGAGGUGGAUAGAUUCCUCAAUAUUACUGGUCUUCUUUCAAAGCGAGACUCUGUCAUCAGUGUCAAGGCUUUAGAUCCAACGGCAAAGGUUCCAUUCCCAACACCGACAACCUACGACGCCAUCAUCCGGUACCACAUGGAGAUAUGUGCCCCAGUCUCUCGUCAAUUCAUUGCAACUCUGGCACCAUUUGCUCCAACCGAAGACGCGAAGGCCGAAAUGGCCAAGCUCGGCAGUGACAAGGAUUAUUUCCACGAAAGGAUCAGCAACAGAUACUUGAAUAUUGCGCAAGCUUUAGAAACAAUCAGCAAGGAGAAGUGGACCGCCAUUCCUUUCUCGGCCUUCAUUGAAGGUGUCAAUAAGGUCCAGCCAAGAUACUACUCCAUCUCGUCGUCAUCGCUCGUCCAGAAGCAGAAGAUCUCUAUCACAGCUGUAGUUGAAUCAUUGGAGCUGCCAGGGCGAGAUGCACUGAAGGGCGUCACAACAAAUUACCUACUUGCCUUGAAGCAAAAGCAGCAUGGCGAUGAGCACCCUGAUCCCCAUGGUCUGACCUACGAGAUCACCGGACCAAGAAACAAAUACGAUGGGGUCCACGUCCCGGUACAUGUUCGUCACUCAAAUUUCAAGCUCCCAUCAGACCCCUCAAAGCCAAUCAUAAUGGUUGGCCCCGGCACCGGUGUUGCACCAUUCCGUGGCUUCGUUCAAGAGCGAGCCGCUCAAGCAAAGGCUGGAGAGGAAGUUGGACGAACACUCCUGUUCUUUGGUUGCAGAAAGCAGAAAGAAGAUUUCCUCUAUUCCGACGAAUGGAAUACCUACAAAGAAGCCCUCGGCGACAAAUUCUCCCUCAUCACCGCCUUCUCCCGCGAAGGCGCCAAGAAAGUCUACGUCCAACACCGGCUUCAAGAGCACGCCAAAGAAGUCAACGAGCUGCUCCUGCAAAAAGCCUAUUUCUAUGUCUGUGGUGAUGCGGCGAACAUGGCGAGGGAGGUGAAUACGGUUCUUGCAAAGAUUAUGGCUGAGCAGAGGGGAAUCCCUGAGGCGAAGGCAGAGGAAAUUGUCAAGAGUAUGAGGAGUGCGAAUCAGUAUCAAGUACGUCUGUCUAUAAAUUACCCCCCUGACGAUCUUCACAUCACCAUGUCUUACCAGCGGACCGCGAGUGAGCCCGCCUUCCACAAUCGCUCGUCCUCCAACAUGUACACCCAGCCCCAAACUCGUACGCAUCGUGACUCCCAAGGUCAAUCGGCUUCGUUCACGCCUGUCAACAUGUCCGGCUCCCAGAACGACAGCGCCUCGAUGGCCUCAUUGAUGAACCAGUUCGCUGGCAUGGCUCUUCCUGGUGGCAACAUGGCUUCGGCGGCAAUGGCAAGUGCCCAGCUUCCAAUGGGUACUAGCCAGUACUUCUACAACCCGGCAGACAAUACGUAUCUGGUAGCUCCUGCCAUGUAUCCUCCUCAACAUUUGGGCGCCACUCAGCAUGCUGAAAAUGCCUACGGUUCUUAUGCUGGAGCAACAUUGCCUUAUUUCGCUCAGGGAGCAGCCUAUCCUAGCUACAUCCCCGGCUUCCCUCUCAUGCCGUACACCCCCAAUCGGGCUGCCAGCUACUACACCGAUCGCUCUGAUCAAGUCCACAAGGAGGUUCCGGGUCUCGAGAACCGUCGCGGCUCUUACUCUACCAACGAGUCUGCCCCAGGCACCCCUUACUACGGAUCAGUUUCCCAGCGUGAGCAAGGAACCCAGAUCGCUGUAGUUGAUCGUUCUCCCUUUGGAUCUACGCCAUCGCCUCAGCAGCUUCCUAUCCAGCACGCUGAUCAACAGCCUGUGAAGCCUCUGCCUUACAAGACCAUUCCUGUCAAUAUUGAUCUUGAUGCCUUGCUGGUUCAACACCCAGCUAUCCCCCGAGCCGUUCCUGCCGUCUUCACUCCUCGUGAGAGCAUGAGAACUCUGGAUCAGAGCUUGUCAAACCCCAUUUCGGGCAAUCGCAACGUCUACAUCCGCGGCCUCCACCCCAACACUGACGAUGAGACCCUUGCUGCCUACGCUUCACGCUUCGGAAAGGUCGAGACAUCCAAGGCUAUCAUUGAUACUUCUACUGGAGCUUGCAAGGGUUUUGGCUUUGCCAAGUACUUCCAUAUUCGUGACUCUGAGCUUUGCAUUCGGGGUUUCUACAAGCUUGGCUACGAAGUUGGCUUUGCUAGGGUUUGCGAGUCGUUCAAUUCUCGUCUCAAGGCCGAAGGUGAUGAAAGCUCAACCAACCUGUACAUCUCCAACCUUCCAAAGAACAUGACUGAAUCUGAACUCGGUGCAAUCUUCAUGGAUUACACUGUCAGCUCCAGCAGAAUCCUUCGUGAUCCCCAAACUCACAUGAGCCGCGGCGUUGGUUUUGCACGCUUUGAGACUCGCGACGUCUGCGAAGAGAUCAUCAAGAAGUUCCACGGUCAGCCCAUUGGCGAGGAGGGCCUUCUUCUGCAAGUUCGCUAUGCCGAUACCUCUGCUCAGAAGGACCUGAAGCGCAUCACCACUGAACGCCGUCAAUUCAGAACCAACGAGUACAAUGUUGGCGCGUAUGGCACUGCCGCUGAUAUUGCCGCUCUUUCACCACCGGCCUUGAUACCACUUGGUACUCGCAGCACUCAACUAGGUCGCCACAUCCCUUCGUCCAGAUCUAGUGGUUCUUGGAAGCGUGAGCAUUCUGGCACCAGGUGA